CUUCCGUCUCUGUGUCAACUGCGUUAGCGUCCCAGCACUCCGUGCGAUUCAGUGUGAACCAGGCGCUGCACUACAUCGCGUUCAAAUCAGCACAGGUGGAGUUGGAGCGGAAGCCGUGCAGUCAGGAACAUCAGUCAAGCAUCCUUGAGGAACCAUGUUCUAGUGGCUCGCGCUGGCUGUCCGACAAUACAAUGAACAAUGAGGACGAGUUCUAUGAUGCCGUCACAGGCUUGGAUUCAGACGAGUCAUGUGAGGGCACUUCAGAAGCCAGUUUUAAAGAUGCGGUAGUUGAUGCUAGUGCUGAGAAGACCAGUGGCACUGUACAAGAGAAUGGAAUCAAGAAACGCAGGUCAACCCUUCCUGCCCCCAUGUUCUCCAGAAAUAACUUCAGCGUAUGGAGCAUCCUGAAGAAAUGUAUAGGACUGGAACUGUCUAAGAUCACCAUGCCCAUUGUGUUCAACGAGCCACUAAGCUUUCUGCAGAGAAUCAGCGAGUACAUGGAGCACACAUACCUCAUCUUCAAAGCCUGUGCAGAGUCUGACUCCAUUGAGAGAAUGCAGGCUGUAGCUGCCUUUGCUGUGUCCGCUGUGGCUUCUCAGUGGGACAGAACUGGAAAGCCGUUUAACCCUCUCUUAGGGGAAACCUAUGAGCUCACACGAGAGGAUCAGGGCUUCAGGUUGAUCUCAGAACAGGUGAGUCAUCACCCACCAAUCAGUGCAUUCCAUGCUGAGGGUCUAGCAGAGGACUUCGUGUUCCAUGGCUCGAUAUACCCAAAGCUCAAGUUCUGGGGUAAGAGUGUGGAAGCAGAACCAAAAGGAACCAUCACUUUAGAGCUCCUCAAGCACAAAGAGGCAUACACAUGGUCAAACCCUUUCUGCUGUGUACACAAUGUCAUUGUGGGCAAACUGUGGAUUGAGCAAUACGGCACUGUAGAAAUACUGAAUCACAGUACUGGAGAUAAAUGUGUGCUGAACUUCAAACCCUGUGGGCUGUUUGGCAAAGAGCUACACAGAGUUGAGGGAUACAUCCAGGAUAAAAGUAAGAAAAAGCGAUGCGUGAUCUAUGGAAAAUGGACGGAAUGCAUAUGGAGCGUAGACCCACAGGCAUACGAUUCUCAUCGCAAAAAUGAUAAAAAAGGAGCAGCAGACACCAAGAAACAAAAGCCGGAAGAUGCAGAUGUUGCAGAAAAUGAUGAUGCAGAUGACAUGCCGGAGGUACAGGAGACUGUAGCUGUGAUCCCUGGUAGCACUCUACUCUGGAGAGUGUGUCCUAGACCACCUCACUCACCAGAGAUGUAUAACUUUACUAAUUUUGCCAUCACCCUGAAUGAAUUGGAGUCUGGCAUGGAGGGUGUUUUACCCCAGACAGACUGCCGCCUACGACCUGACAUACGAGCCAUGGAGAAUGGAGACAUGGAUGAAGCCAGCAGGGAGAAGGAGAGGCUGGAGGAGAAGCAGAGAGCAGCUCGUAAAGAUAGGGCAAAGGAAAAUGAGGAAUGGUCUACUAGGUGGUUUGAGCUGGGAACAAACCCACACACAGGAUCACCGGACUGGCUCUACACUGGAGGUUAUUUUGAUCGUAAAUACACAGACUGUCCUGAUAUCUACUAAUGAGGGACCAGCACUCACUUCCUUUCCUUUCCCACCACUGCAUCAUCACAUCAGAUCACAUAUAUGUUCAUUUGGAACUGAUGCAGCAGCAGCAUUAUCUGGUUUUCCAUCAUUCAACCAAGUAUAUACAUCACACACUGCUCACCACAUUUAUCGAAACGUCUGUAACGUGGCCUGUAUUGAAAUCAGGGUAUUGAGUACUCAUUCGAGUAAGUUCUAUAUUUCUGACGGGUGAAAGGGGAGGAUGUCAUCACAGCACUCAGAUUUUUUUUUUCAGUUAGGCGGGCUUUUACUGUGAGAGCACUGAUGAUUUUCCUAUGAAACAUGAGGAAAGUGCAGAAGAAAAGAAGAUGGACUGAUCAUCAGAGAAUUGCCUUAUUCUCUGCCUCAGAACUCUUAAUAUUCCCAUUACAUCUCUGUACCCUUUAUUGCUUCAUGACCAAACCUGCAGCUCAAUGUACAUGAUCAUCACAUUCUGUCACACGGAUACAACUUUCUCAUGGUCAUAGUCCAUACUCAAGUGUGCAUGAAACAACAGAGAUGAAUGGUUUUGACAUUUGAGAGCACUGAUAUGCUGCAUACUUACCUGACCAACUACCACUGUUAAAGUAGUCUAAAUGAAUUAGAUGAUGAUGAUGAUGAUGAUAAUAAUAAUAAUGGAGUAGUGUUUGUGUGUGCACAUGCAUAUACAGGUGCAUCUAAAAAAAAAAAUUAAUUGAACAUCAUGGAAAAGGUAAUUUUUUUCCUCCCGUAAUUUAGUUGAAAAAGUGGAACUUUUCAUAUAUUCUGGAUUCAUUACAUAUAAAGUGAAAUAUUUCAAGCCUUUUUUGUUUUAAUCUUAAUCACAAAAAUCCAGUAUUUAAAAAUAUUAGAAUAAAGAAUAAUACAGAAAUGUCGCAGUGUUGCAUUCCUUGUGUCAAGCCACUCCUGAACCAGAGACAAUGUCAGAAGCUUCUUACCUGAGCUAAGAGGAACAAGAACUGGACCGUUGCUCGGUGGUCCAAAGUCAUCUUUUCAGAUGAAAGUCAAUUUUGUAUUUCAUUUGGAAAUCAAGGUCCCAGAGUCUGGAGGAAGAGUGAAGAGGCACAGAAUCCAAGUUGCUUGAAGACCAGUGUGAAGUUUCCACAGUCAGUGAUGAUUUGGGGUAUCAUGUCAUCUGCUGGUGUUGGUCCACUGUAUUUUCUCAAGUCGAGACUCAAUGCAGCAUCUACCAGGAGAUUUUAGAGCACUUCAUGCUUCCAUCUGCUCACAAGCUUUAUGGAGAUGUUGAUUUCCUUUUCUAGCAGGACUUGGACUGCCCACAGUGCCAAAACUACUAGUAACUGGUUUGCUGACCAUGGUAUUACUGUACUUGAUUGGCCAGACAACUCACCUGACCUGAAACCCAUAGAGAAUCUAUGGGAGACACCAGAUCCAACAAUACAGACGAGCUGAAGGCUGCUACCAAAGCAACCUGGGCUUCCAGAACACCUCAGCAGUCCCACAAGCUGAUUGCCUCCAUGCCAUGCCACAAUGAUGCAGUAAUUCAUGCAAAAAGGAGCCCCGAUCAAGUAUUGAGUGCAUAAAUUAAUAUACUUUUCAGAAGAUCCACAUUUCUGUAUUAUAAAUCCUUUAUUCUGAUAUGUUGAGAUACUGGAUUUUUGAUUUCCAUGAGCUGUAAGCCAUAUCAAGAUUAAAACAAACAAAAAAAAAGGUUUGAAAUAUUUCACUUUGUGUAAUGAAUCUAGAAUAUAUGAAAGUUCCAUUUUCUUUAAUUAAAGUACAGGUGGGAAAAAUAAACUUUUACACAAUAUUAAAAUUUUUUGAGAUGCACCUGUGCUAUUGUUCAGUUUAUAUGAAGUCUUCACAUGUAGGUACAAUUGUUGUCACUGAUGGUUUUUAGUUCUUAUGGUGGGGAGGGGGGAUGUUUCAAGUUGAAACUAUAGUACUUAUUCACAUAAGUUUGCGUUUAAAAAAAAAAUGCAAUGAUAAAAUGUAUUUUUAAUGAUUGCUGAGAGAUUUGCCUCUGAGCAUCAUGUGACGUGAGCAUUUGUGUUGUGAUGCUCUGGCAAGAUUCUAAUUGGGAAAAAAAAAACAUGCAUUCAGUGUCAUGCCUUAAUAGCAUAGUGUUUUGUUAGCAUAUAGCGGUCACAGUUCCUCAGCACUAUUCUAUAAUACGACAUAUUUCUUGCAGUAUCCAGACUGCCCUGUAAUGUACAUCAAUUCAGAGUGCAUCUCAUUUAAAUUCCAUGCAUUGUAUUGUAUUCAUUGUCACUAUUCCUUAACUUGGGUCAACUUGCACACCUCUUGUGAGAGCAGUCACAAUCUAUGCAACUCAAUGUUUCAAAUCCCCGUAUAUUUUCUUGUAACUGUAUUUGUGCUGAAGCUAGAUAAAUUGUCUGUAAUUUAGUCUUAUUGGAGAAAAAUGUCUAUAGACAGUUUAUGGGAUUGUGGAGGUGCAGCAAAAUAUGCUCUUGGCUAAUAUUAUUUCCUUCUCCGUGAUCUCAUGUUGAUGAUUAUCGCCCUUCGUAAAAUCGCAUUUUCUUUUCCCUUAAUCGCUGAAACUCUAGUUAUGAUAUGUGCAGAAGAUAAUUGUCGUGUUGACGUUUUCGAGGCACAGUGAUGCUAGAAUUUCGUGUAUUUUAUUUUAAAUACCAAACUUUUUUUCCCUUCAGUGCCUGAGUUUGAAUCACUGAUACUUGACAUUUUUUAUUAUUUCUCAGUGUCAUGGAUGUUUUAACAUUUCUUUAAAAAGAUGCUUGUUUUGUUUUGUGUCUGUGUGCUUAACCAAAUUUCUUUUCCUCUGUGAUUAACAGAUUCUCACAUGCUGUAUGAUUUACACAUGUACAGUGCAUUACACUACUUGAUUGCCUCCAUUAAAUUAGUUGCUCCUUCAUUUAAAUGUACAUUCGAGAAUAUGAAAACUAGCAAUAUAAAACUAUUACAGAUUUUA